GACCUUCUCGAAGGGGACGCGCGCUGUCCCCCGCCCCCAGGGGCUCCGAGGACCCCGGUUCGGGGAACACCCGCCCUGCCCGGAGGCGCGGCGAGGAUUGGCGGCGCCCCGCGGACCCCAGCCCCCCAGCGCGGGCCGGGGAUGGAGCCGCAGCCCGGCGGUGCCCGGAGCUGCCGGCGCGGGGCCCCCGGUGGUGCCUGCGAGCUGGGUCCCGCGGCCGAGGCGGCGCCCAUGAGCCUGGCCAUCCACAGCACGACGGGCACCCGCUACGAGCUGUCGGUGCCCCCCGACGAGACGGUGGAGGGGCUGCGCAAGCGGCUGUCCCAGCGCCUCAAAGUGCCCAAGGAGCGCCUGGCUCUGCUCCACAAAGACACCCGGCUCAGUUCGGGGAAGCUGCAGGAGUUCGGCGUGGGGGAUGGCAGCAAGCUGACUCUCGUGCCCACCGUGGAGGCGGGCCUCAUGUCUCAGGCUUCAAGGCCAGAACAGUCUGUGAUGCAGGCCCUGGAGAGCUUGACGGAGACCCAGCCCCCAGCGGCACCCGGGCCGGGCCGGCCUGGCGGAGGCGGCUUCCGGAAAUACCGAUUCAUUUUAUUUAAGCGUCCGUGGCACCGACAGGGACCCCAGAGCCCAGAGAGGGGCGGCGAGAGGCCCCAGGUCAGUGACUUCUUGUCUGGCCGCUCACCACUGACCCUGGCUCUUCGAGUGGGUGACCACAUGAUGUUCGUCCAGCUUCAGCUCGCCGCCCAGCACGCCCCGCUACAGCACCGCCAUGUGUUGGCUGCUGCAGCCGCUGCAGCCGCUGCUGCCCGCGGAGACCCCAGCAUGACCACCCCUAUGUCCUCUCCCUGCCGGCCAGUGUCCAGUGCUGCCCGUGUCCCCCCAGUACCCACCAGCCCUGCCCCUGCAUCCCCCUCACCUGUCACAGCCGGCUCCUUCCGAUCCCACUCGGCCCCCAGCACGUGCACCGAGAUGGACUGUUCCUCCUCUGCCAAUGCCGGGGCCAGCCCCACGUCCACCCCUGCGGGCAGCCCCACCUCCCGCUCCCGCAAACCAGGCGCCGUCAUCGAGAGCUUCGUGAACCACGCCCCGGGGGUCUUCUCAGGGACCUUCUCUGGCACACUGCACCCCAACUGCCAGGACAGCAGCGGACGGCCGCGGCGUGACAUUGGCACCAUCCUGCAGAUCCUCAAUGACCUCUUGAGUGCCACGCGGCACUACCAGGGCAUGCCCCCGUCCCUGACCCAGCUGCGCUGCCAUGCCCAGUGCACGCCCGCCUCGCCUGCCCCAGACCUCACCCCCAAAACUACCUCCUGUGAGAAGCUGGCAGCCUCGACCUCCGUGAGCCAGGCCCGCAUAGGCAAGCCCCCCGGGGACCGGCUGCGGCAGACAGAAAACCGGGCCACCCGCUGCAAGGUGGAACGCCUGCAGCUGCUGCUCCAGCAGAAAAGGCUCCGUAGGAAGGCCCGGCGCGACGCCCGAGGCCCCUACCACUGGCCACCCAGCCGCAAGGUGGGUCGCAGCGACGGUGGAGGCGGAGGCGGCGGCGGCGGCCCCAGUGAAGCCGCGGGCUUGGGCCUUGACUUCGAGGACUCGGUCUGGAAGCCAGAAGUCAACCCAGACCUCAAGUCAGAGUUUGUGGUGGCCUAGGAACCAUGUCAUUCGCCCCGGCCCAGGAUGGCUGAGAGCAUUGCCCAGCGCAGGAGGGCAGGAAGGCAGGCGGUGGGCGCCACAGGAGGCCCCUCCCUCCCUGUCCAGCAUCCUUCGGGGUUUUUUUAAAAUUUCAUUUCUCACCAUGGUUUUCCAAACUCCGUGGCCUUGCGUUGUGUUCCUGCCUCCUCGGUUCAGCUCACACCUCCCCACCUCUUCCUCUGUCACCCCGCCCUCCACGCCGGGUCCUUCCCCACCCACCUUCCCAAGCUCCAAACAUGUAGCAGUCUUUCCAGCUGGUUCGGAGCAGAGACGAGGAAGCCGCCCCCACCGCUUUCCGCUGGCCCCCCGCCCUCUUCAGGUUGAAGUCACAAUGGCGAUGUCUCGCAUGCACUUUACAGACAGGAGGGGGCCGCCCGGAGGACCCCGACUGCAAACUCAGGCCUCCCUCCAGCCAGCAGGGCCCACGGGGCUCUAUACACCACAGGGGCACCAACUAGGGGCUGUUUCUCUUCCGCUUCUGUACUAGUUUCUUGGUUUUCCGUUUUCCUGGAAAAGAAAAGCUGUUUCAGGGGACAGGCUGGCCAGAGCCUGCCUUGGGGUCCAGGUCGGGGUGUGGGACCCUUUCCUCUCAGGAAAGGAAAGGGAGGGAGGGGAACACACCUGUUGUCAGCCUUCACAGGCCACGCACUGUGCGAUUGCCUCCAACGCCACCGUCCCACCCCACUCCUUUUAUUUUUUCUGAGCUUGGGGGUAUUUAUAGACUUAAUUUUCUGACUGAGCCAAUAGUGGUUGGGAAUCUCUUGAAAAAUCAGGAGAAAAAUGGCUGGGGGCUGGGGGGAAUUCCCCCCAGCCCUCCUUUCAGGCCCAACCUGAGGGAUCUGGGCCUGUGGGCUGUCUGGCGGGGGGGCCCUCCAGCAGCCAGGAGGGGAGGGGGUGCUGAGCUGUGAAUCCCCCAGUAGGGGCAACGCUGUGUAGCAUUAACCCCUGGGGGGGUUCGCUGCUGGUCUAAUUUGGAACCUCCCCACUCAUGCCCAUACCCCAGGGGUCUUUGGCCCCCACAGCAGACAGACACACACACACA